UGCGUCCUUGGUAAAAGCCUAGCUAACCGCCGUCGACCAACCCCAGGGACAUGUCUCUGCCGCCGCCGCCAAGAUGCAAAACGAAGAGGGACCAAACAUGGAUCUUUACAUCCCCAGGAAAUGUUCCGCCACAAAUAGACUCAUCACCUCGAAGGAUCACGCCUUGACAAGCUGUCCAUUUUUAUACCUUGGAUGGAAUUUGCAUUGGUUGCG